CCUAUGCAACGGCCUAAAUGUCAAAGAGUGACACAUUCGCCGAACUAAAGAAGAAGAAAUUUGUUUACCUUUUUUAUUUAUUUGUUUAUUAACUUUAUUUUCCACCAAUCAGGCAAAACUUUAAAGAGUUACUAGAUGUGUGUUUUGUAUUAUUUAACCGGACUUUAAAAGGAAAGAUGGUUUUAUCGAGUGAAUUUGAUGAAGAAGGCACUAGUGCUGAUACAACUCAGCGUGGUAUUAAAGUUCACAGUAUUCCUCCUCAAAACCUUGUUGUUCGUCUUAGUCAUCGUGAGAUACACAGAUAUCCACGUCGGCACCAGCAUAGUAAUCGAUAUUUUUAUCAAAACAUCACUCCAAAUUUCACUGUAACAAAUAUCCAGAAGCCGCCAUGUUUUUUAAGAAAAUUUAGCCCAGAUGGGAGGUUCCUUAUUGCCUUUUCUGCAGAUCAAAUGAGCAUUGAAAUAUUCAGAUACAUGGGACCCUCAGCAGCAGCUGAUCUUUUGCACUGGUGUGAGGGAACAAAUGUUUUGAAAGACAAUGAUGCCAAGAGUCAUGAGAUUCGUAAGAAUAUCUUUGACCGAUUCUUCAAACUCAAGCACACUGUGAACGUAGCAACUAACGGAGAGCAGUUGAAUCGUGAGUGUAGCCUGUUCACAGAUGAUGGAAGGUAUGUUAUCGUUGGAUCUGCAUCACCAGAAGAUAACAACAUCAUAGAUCACUUUGACCUCUACAGAAACAAUGAAUCAGUAACACCAAACCCCCGUUCUCCGUUAGAGGAUUACACGCUUCAUAUUAUUGACAUGGAAAUGGGCCAAUUGUGUGACUACAGAACAUUCAAGCAUGAUAAAAUUUUUCUUUCUCACAAUCAGGGUCUUUACCUCUAUGGGCAAACAUUGUCGGUUCUCUCUGUGCAGCAUCAAACAAUCCAUAUAUUUCAGAUUACCCCCAAUGGAACAUUUUUAGAUGUUCGUACCAUUGGAAGGAUUUGUUACGAAGAUGAUGACUACAUAUUGGCCACUGUUUGCCCAGACAGAAUGGAACGUAAUUACCAGCAUAAUCGAGAGAUUGUUAUAAACUGCUUAAAGCAUAGGUUGUUAGUGUUUUUAUAUCGCCGUGCAGAGGCCUUAAGCAAAAAAGAGGGCAACCCACGAGCAUUGAGGGAAUAUUUCCAUUACUUCGACCAUCUUUUUUUAUUGAGAAUGUGGAAGAUGCAGCUUCUUGAUGAUGCUCAUUUAGUUAUUAAGUAUGCAUCUGAAGAAGUGGUAACUUUACGAACUGCUGAACCAAAUGGCCAGCCUUCAUUCUUUGUAGUCUACAACAUGAUUACAACAGAGAUUAUAGCAGUAUAUGAAAACACAUCCUCAGAGCUCUUGGAUUUAUUUGAAAAGAUGGCAGAUUUCUUCCGUAAUGCAAGACUUAGCUGUGAGUCCCAGUUUACUUGCUCCCCAUCCAACAAUACAUGGGCCAGACUUAACCACAAAAGAUUCAAGAAGACCAUAAUUAGUGCGAGAGGUGGUGGAGUUACUGAGGCCACAAAAAGGCUUUUAAGCCAAUUACCAAUUUCAGCUCAGUCAUUUUCUGCUUCUCCAUACCUUGACUUGACACUUUUUUCAUAUGACGAUAAAUGGGUCUCUGUGAUGGAACGGCCCAAGAGUUGUGCAGACCAUCCAAUAAGGUUCUUUGGCCGUGAUUCAGGUCUUAUCAAGUUUAGCAUUCAUGCUGGACGUGCAAGCCUCACAAAUUCCUUAGCAGCUGCAUCAUCCUCACGAAGGCUAGUUGCAUUUACAUUUCAUCCUGCUGACCCAUUUACUAUCUCAGUGCAGCGUGCUAAUGCAGAUUAUGUUGUUAAUUUCCACCUAAGGCAUCAGCCAGGUUAACUUUUUUGUCUUUUUUUUUUGAAGUUAUAUGAAGGGACUUCAAAUUGAAAUGUAGCACUUUUCAGGACUGCAUAUAGUGCCUCUGUGAUAAUAAUUCUAAUUAUUUUUAUAGUAAGUAUAGUUUUUAUAUGGAAAUUAAAAUACUGGUACUGACUCUUCUUUUAAUGUAUACGUAUAUUGAAAUCUAAAAGUACUUAAGUGCCAUUGUAAAUACGUAUUAGAAUAGAAAUAGUGGUUAUACAGUUGUUAUCUUUACAGUCGUUAUCUUUUUAUUGGAAUUGUUGUACAAAUACUAUAAGUUACUGGUAAAUUCCUGGAAUAUAGAUAUAGCAGGUAGAUAUGAAAAUGUGAACUGCCCAUGUUAAAGGUACUUUUUUGUUAUUUUUUUAAGAUAUGAUGCUUGGGAGUGCUCUCUACAAUUAGAGCCAAUCUCUUUAAGUACUCAUGUCAACUGUUAUAUGUAAUUAAUAACUCUAAAAAUAGCCAGGUUGCAUCUCUAGCUGCUGACUUUAGAAGUAGUACUAUAUUUAUUUUAAAACCAUAUUGUUAUGUGUAAAACACUUUGUACACAGGUAGUAUUAUGUUUUAGUAUCAAUUCAUCAGCAAAAAAAAAAAGAAUUUGGAGAUGUAGUGGUUGUAUAGGAGAAUGUAGUGUAUCAUACUUACAUAUUUCUUAUAUUACCUUCUUUUGCCUUUGCUAUGUCAUUUGUUUACAUUCAUUAAAAUCACUUUGAUGCCAACAUCUAAUCACAUUAUCUCUUGGUUUCAGGAUUAAUUUAAUGUUACUGCAUCAGAUUGUCUUUUAGCUAUUACAUAUAAUGCUUGAAAGUUUGGUCUUAUAUCUAUUUUAAAACUUUUUAAAUGAUAUAAAUGACCAUUUUCAUAAUCUCAUCAUCACCAUCAUUAUCUUUUGUUAGAUUUUUCCUUUUGGGGUUAGAUUGGAAGUAUGUAAGCCCUUUUCACUGUCCUCUAUCUUCUGCCUGGAUUCUCAUCUGAUAUAGGUCUUCAUCUGUAUCCUUUUCUAUUAUUUUACAAUCCCUCCUGCUUUUCUUCCCUCUACCUCCUUAUCUGCAUCUACUCAUUCAGAACUUACUUAAUAUUCUAGCAACUGGACAUAUCUCCUCAUUACUUCCUUGUUUGUUAUGCAAUCAUCCCACUGUUCCCCAUUAGAGAACCUGAGCAUUCUGUAGUUAUGCCUCAUCAGAAUCCCCACCAUUUCUCUGUCUGCUACAGAGGAGAGUACAGUCCUUAUACAGUACAUUCAUAAGUUUUUGCUCUGUACAUAUUUUUCAGCAACCUAGCAAUCUUUUCAGUCGUAGUAAUUAGCAACAGCAAUAAUAAGAAUAAUAAUAAUUUUACUACUGCUUC